UUUAGUACCCGGAAACUGCAGCGGAGUGGGAGCUCUCUUCACAACAAGUGUAACUGUGUGGGCUACGUGGAGAUAACCGGCCUGUGUUUUUUAAAGAAGGAGGCAUUUACUAGUUUUUUUAAGGACAGGUGGACCUUACUGCAGCUUCUUGUGGAUUAUAAGAACAGAGUUUAUCGUUUAACAGCGAUUUCCUAUCGUUUAGGUUAGGUUACAUAACACAGUCUGCUGUGUGCCUCCGCCUGCAGCCGUCUGGACACACAGGUGUUGGGAUGAGCAAAUCCAGGUCCAGUUGGGAUAAAAAAGUCUCCCAGCCUCCGGUCACUAGGAUAACCCGCAGCUCCAACUCUCAGAGCAGACACGCCAUCCCGCCAGAGACCCAGCACCCAGGUCCAGGUCCAGGUCCAGGUCCGUAUGGAAAACAAAGGAAGAAGCAGACGGACUCUGCUUUGGCCCAGGACCUGAGUCAGAUGAGUGUGAGUGGACUGGAUGCUUUAACUACAAGUGAAGGAAAGAUGUCCAGAGGCAGCGGUUCUUGUGUGCAGGCUGAUCAGUCGCCUGAGUCGAGAUUGGAUCAAGGCAAGCCGUCUGCUGUCGACUCCUCAUCGCGGGGCGCUCUGGCCUCUGUGGCUCGGCUGGUGAAGCUCGGUCGCUGUAAGAAGGUUGUGGUGGUGGCCGGAGCAGGAAUCAGUACCGCCAGUGGUAUCCCAGACUUCAGAACUCCAGGGACAGGUCUUUACGCCAACUUGGAGAAGUAUAACAUCCCCUAUCCGGAGGCCGUUUUCAACAUCGACUACUUCACCGACGACCCGCAGCCUUUCUUCUCUCUGGCCAAAGCUCUGUAUCCCGGCAGCCACCGACCCAACUACAUACACUACUUCAUCCGCAUGCUUCACCACAAAGGCCUGCUGCUCCGCAUGUACACACAGAACAUCGACGGACUGGAGAAAAUUUGUGGCAUCCCUGAUGAAAAACUCGUAGAGGCUCAUGGUAGUUUCACCACAGCUUCCUGUCACCUGUGCUACACUGCGUACCCCGCUGAAGAGGCGAAGCAUGCAAUAAUGAAUGACAACGUUCCCAUUUGCACUUUCUGCGCUGCAACAGUCAAACCUGAUGUUGUGUUCUUCGGAGAGGAUCUUCCUCAGAAGUAUUUCCUGCACACUAAAGACUUCCCCCAAGCCGACCUCCUAAUUAUCAUGGGCACAUCUUUACAGAUCGAGCCGUUUGCCAGCCUGGUGAAUACCGUGCGCUCCACUGUGCCUCGUCUCCUCCUGAACCGACACGCCGUGGGUCCUUUUGAGAAGGUCCCUUUGCGCAGAGGAGACCACAUGGAGCUGGGUGACCUGGAGGAGACGGUGCGGAGGUUUGCUGAAAUGCUCGGCUGGAGUGAUGAGAUUGAAGAGCUGAUGAGGAGUCAGGAGACGCCGAGCAUCCAUCCACUUAUCAGCAGCUCUCCGUCAGUGACUGUGCAGACGCCUCUGCAGAGCCGAGGAGCUCCAGUGGAGACGAGCAGGUCCAGACUGGGAGCUCAGAGAGCGGCCAGCAGCGGCAGUGAUGACACAGAUUCAGAGACAGACAGCAAGAGCUCCGUAUCAUCCAGCCGGAGCAACUGAUACCCAAUGUUUCAUCUCUCGCUCAUUCACAUCAAGACUGUUCUACUACUCACUCCUCCUGAGUCAUGUUCAUGCUAAGUUCAUUUAUGAACCCAAAGCUCCUGUAAAAUACAAUUUUCAAGGUAUUUAAAGCACUUACUAUAGAGGGAAGGCUCCAUGCAGAACACUACUAAAUAAUGACGAGCCCUGCAACAAAUGUUUGAUAUUUAAUGUCCCACGUCUGUGAAACUUGUUCUUGUUUUUAUAUCAUCACAACUCUGCGUUUUAAACGGUAUUUAAUAAAAGUAUUCAGUAAUUCUCUACAUUUCUUUUCACUUUUUGUUCAUGUACCGGUUUGAAAAAAAGACAACUGUACUUACAUGCAUUUUAUUAACAUUACAGUAGAGGCCUCAUUAGAUAAACAAGUUGUGUGUUUAUAUACAGUUUGUAAAAAAAAAAAUGUAUUUGAUGAACGAUCGGGGGAAAGAGAAGGCGUU